AACCUUCUCUGUAAGGGCUCAAUUAAUACAAUUACCUUUUCCUUUCACGGAAACGUCUAAAAAACGUCGUCGUUCACUCUGGUUGAAUUCUCAAAAAUCUAUCAUCUUUCUUCCCCCGAAAUAUAAAAGGUUUUUCAGAAUACCGCCAUUAUAGUUACUGAUGAGAUGAUAUUUUCUUCUUAUGUGGAAAUUAGAUAGUGUUUGCUUACAUUAUUUGCUAAUUGAUUCAUCUUCGAAAGCCCUGAAUCAAGCUGUGUGAAUUUUCUCAAUUCGUGGUUAUCAGCAAAGUAUUCGAGGUAAUUUCAUUGAUUAUAAUAUAGGGAUCAGCAAAGUAUUCAUCUUUAAAAUUUUCACAAGGGUGAUCGAAUCUUUGAAGUUUCAGGGAAUUUCAUUGAUUUAAGUUUUCUGGGAUUUUCUGAGAACAACAGCUUUUUGUUUGGGAAGAUGCUUUCAGGGUUGAAGUUCAUCCCGCGAGCUGAAGUAGAGAAGUCACGGGAUGAAGAAUUAGAGGAUUCUAGGAAAGAUAGAAAGAAAUCAAAGAGUAAGAAAGAUAAAAGUAGACAUAAAAAGAGGAGAUCCCAUUAUAGUUCUGAUGAAGAUCUUGAAAGGAUAAAAUCAGGGUCUAAGAAGAAAAAGAAGUGGUAUGCUUCAGAUGAAGAAUCAUCUUCAUCUGCCGGUGAAAGUGAUGGGGAUAGUGACUCUGAAUAUGAUGAUGAAGAACGUAACAGUAGUAGUAAGAAAAAGGAGAAGCAAAGACGUAAAAGUAGCUUAGGAGACGAAGGUGGAGGUAGCACCAAGAAAAGGGGCCGAAGUAGGAGGAAAGAUGCUUCAUCCGAAGAUUACUCUUCCAGUGACUCUGGGAGUGGAAGUUUGGGAAACGAGAGACAUAAUAAAGGAGGAAAGAGAAAAGAGAAGACAGACAAGAGAGUAGUGGUUAAGGAUGGCGAUGUGCAAGGUGGCAGCGAAGUGUCUGAAUCCCGGAAUUUGAAUGAAUUAAGGAAACAAAUGGGAUUGGACUUCAUGCUUCGUCCUAAAGAUGCUACGGAGAAGGUUAUCACCACACCUUUGGACAAUCAACAAGAACUGCAAGUUGAAACGGAGGAGAUCAAGAAGGCCAAUCCAAAAGAACUGAAUCCAUACUUUAAGGAUAAUGGGAGUGGGUAUCCUGAAGAAUUGGAUGGGAAGACUGGUCGGACCCAACUCAUGUCAUCAUCUGUUGUUGGUGAUGGAGGAGCGAGCUGGAGGCUCAAAGCAUUGAAACGAGCUCAGGAGCAAGCAGCCCGUGAAGGACGAAAUUUUGAAGAGGUGGUACAAGAUCGCUGGGGUUCUCUUGGUCAGUUGGCGGUUUCUGUAGCAGCUCACAAAGUUGCUCCUGCUCAUGCUCAUAUUCAUGCGAUAAAAAGCAGGAGGAGAGGAUCAAAGGAAGAAGAACAAACAGACACAAAUAAACAGAAUGAGAUGGUUGAUGACACGGAUGGAUCCCGACGUCAAGCAAAGAUGAGGGUGCCUAAAGUUCAAAAUUCUUUGCAUUGGGGAAAAAGCAAGAUGACUGCUGCAGAUAGCAGCCUCUCUGCUGCCAUUUCUACCAUAAACAAAUUUUCCAAUGAUGGAAGUUUUAUGAAUACAUUUGUGAAUAAGCAGAGUGAGCCCUUGGGUGAUCAUCUUGAUUCUUCAAAUAUAAAAGCAGGUGGAGAGAUUGAAUCGAGUUCAAUGGCGGAAAGCAUUGAUGGUGCUGGUAGUGUGAGGCCAGCUUUGACUGCAAAUCAGUUGGCUGCCAAAGUUUUACAGCUUCGAAUGAAAGGAAAGCAUGAAGAAGCUGAGAAACUCAUGAAGGAAUCUGAAACGAUAAAGGUGAAGGCAGCAGCUGAGAGUGAGCCUCACAAACCACAUAUUGAUGGGACUAGAAGCAGAUAUAUCAUGCACGACUUUUCUGCUCGGCAAAAGAGGAAAGAAGAUGAUGGUGAUUUGCAUCUUGCUCAAAGAAUAGCGCGAAAUCAUCAGUUUAAGGUUUCUGGUCAGGCUGAUGAUGAAUAUGAUUAUGAUGAUGGUCCGAGAAGAAAACCUCGGCAUAAAGGUCGGGGUGAUAACCAGAAUGCAAAUGAGGCUAGCCAGGUUGCCAAGUUUGCUAACCGGAUGUUGACGCAGAAAGAGCGGUGCCAAUUUUGCUUUGAGAAUCCAGAAAGACCGAAGCAUCUUGUUGUUGCCAUUGCAAAUUUUACCUACUUGUCAUUGCCACGUUGGCAGCCUAUUGUUCCUGGUCAUUGUUACAUCUUGACCUUGCAGCAUGAAGCAUCGACAAGGACUGUAGAUGACAAUGUAUGGGAUGAAAUAAGGAACUUCAAGAAGUGCCUGAUUAUGAUGUUUUCAAAGCAGGAUAAGGAUGUUAUCUUCCUCGAAACUGUGAUGGGGUUGGCACAGCAACGCCGUCAUUGUUUGGUUGAGUGCAUUCCUGUGCCUAAGAAAAUUGCAAAGCAGGGGCCCAUGUAUUUCAAGAAGGCUAUAGAUGAAGCAGAGGAGGAGUGGAGUCAACACAACGCCAAGAAGUUGAUCGACACUAGUCAAAAGGGACUGCGAGCGUCGAUCCCUAAGAACUUCCCCUACUUCCACGUUGAAUUCGGCCUAGAUAAGGGAUUUGUUCAUGUCAUUGACGAUGAAACACAAUUCAAAAGCAACUUUGGCCUCAAUGUUAUAAGAGGCAUGCUGCGGUUGCCCGCUGAGGACAUGCAUAGCCGACGUAAGCAUGAAUCUAUCGAGGUGCAGAAGCAAUCUGUUGCAAGUUUUGCACAAGAUUGGUCGCCUUUUGACUGGACCAAACAGCUCGAGUAGCACCAGUGCGCAUGAAAUUGGGUUUUGAACACUAGAUGUAAGAAAUCGCCGUUUACAGAAGUCAUCCCCUGAUCACCUGGAUUCUUCUGUGCAAAUCAUCAGAUACUUGUGGCAAUAUAGAUAACUGUUCUGAGAAAGUUGCUUGUAUUUUUUUGGUCAUCUUUCUUUCUGCAUGUUUCCUUUGCAGGAAGGAAACAUUAUGCCUUCAGCACAUUCUAAAAUGUGAGAUAGAAAAUUUCUAAAUUUAGAAUAGAGAAGUUUUUGAUGGGAGUUUUAGACGCAAGAAAUACAAACUUACAUAUCUGAAUUUGUAAUUUUUUUGACACCCAUGAAUGAUUUGAGUCUCCUACAGAGUUAGUGUUAUAAUGGGAGUUUUUUUUUGGUGACGCCGCCCUCAGGCUAAUGGCUUCGGGCGCAAUUUGCCUUCAAAAACUCGAUGAUUCACGGGAUUUUGUAAUUCAUACCAAAUAUUACAUUUCGUUACGUUAA